AUGCUUCUGCGGCUCUACCAAAAACUGCGAGGUCGGAAUUAUUCCGAUCCUUGUCUUUAUACCUUUCCCUUUUCUCUGUAUUCGAUUAUGGUCCAGUUUACAAUUGCUUUGGCGCUGCGGGACAAAUCACAAUCAUCCCGAGAAUUAGCGAAAAUUAAGCAUCGCCUAGUAAAUCUACAUCGGAAUGAAAAUUUAAGCGAGGACUAUCUUUUGCACGUAAAUCCGAAGGGAAAGGUCCCAGCGUUAACCAGCAAGUCAAUUCCAGCGCCUCUCACAGACAGCUUAUCCAUCUCAUAUUGGGUCUGCGAGCAACAUCCAAGCUUGAUCCCGGAAGCCCAUCGGACAACCAUACAACGCCUACUGUCCCAGCUUCACCACAUUCAAGCAGAGAAUAAUCCAAACCCGGCAGUAGAUGACCUUCUGGCUCGUACUGAUAUCUCGCCUGAGCAUCGUCGCGCUUUAGAGUAUAAACGAGACUGGCUCCUUGAUGUAGCCCCGGAAGUACUUCCGUACAUUGCUGCGGAAAACGUGAACUGGGUCGGUUCCCUCUUCUUGACAGAUCCAUGUCAACCAUCUAUGGCCGGUCGUAACGUGUGUGAUCUCGUCGUUAUGGAUAACCUCUAA